AGUUGGAAACAUGAAGUCCUUACUGGUAUUGGACUUGUCAAAGAACCAAUUUUCAGGGAACAUCCCAAGCACCAUAUCACUUCUUCAAAACCUGCUCCAACUUUACCUAUCCCAUAACAAGCUACAAGGUCAUAUGCCCCCAAAUUUUGGUGCUUUGGUGAGCUUGGAAUACUUGGAUCUGUCUGGGAACAAUUUUUCUGGUACUAUUCCCACGUCAUUAGAGGCUCUGAAAUAUCUUAAAUACCUAAAUGUUUCCUUCAAUAAACUACAAGGAGAGAUUCCAAACAGAGGACCCUUUGCAAACUUCACUGCUGAAUCUUUCAUCUCCAACCUAGCACUUUGUGGAGCACCUCAGUUUCAAGUCAUGGCAUGUGAGAAAGAUACUAGAAGGAACACAAAAUCACUCCUCUUGAAAUGUAUUGUGCCACUAAGUGUAUCAUUAUCAACAAUGAUACUAGUGGUUCUCUUUAUUCUAUGGAAGCGAAGACAGACAGAGUCAGAAAGUCCGGUUCAAGUUGAUUUGUUGCUUCCCAGAAUGCAUAGAUUGAUUUCACAUCAAGAACUCCUUUAUGCAACCAGCUACUUUGGUGAAGAGAAUUUGAUUGGGAAAGGAAGCUUAGGCAUGGUAUAUAAAGGCGUAUUGUCCGAUGGGCUGAUUGUUGCUGUGAAGGUUUUCAAUUUGGAAUUGCAUGCAGCUUUCAAGAGUUUUGAGGUAGAAUGUGAAGUAAUGCGGAAUAUUCGCCAUCGAAAUCUUGCCAAGAUAAUCAGUAGUUGCUCGAACUUGGACUUCAAAGCCUUGGUGCUUGAGUAUAUGCCUAAAGAGAGCUUAGAGAAGUGGUUGUACUCUCACAACUACUGUUUGGAUUUUAUCCAAAGAUUAAAAAUUAUGAUAGAUGUGGCAUCAGGGCUAGAGUAUCUCCAUCAUGAUUAUUCAAAUCCUGUGGUUCACUGUGACUUAAAGCCCAGCAAUGUCUUGUUAGAUGAUGACAUGGUUGCACACAUAAGUGACUUUGGCAUUGCAAAACUGUUGAUGGGAAGUGAGUUUAUGAAGCGAACCAAAACCUUAGGCACCAUAGGCUACAUGGCACCAGAGUAUGGUUCAGAGGGAAUAGUAUCCACAAAAUGUGAUACAUAUAGUUAUGGGAUCAUAUUGAUGGAAAUUUUUGUGAGGAAGAAGCCUACAGAUGAAAUGUUCGUGGAGGAACUAACCUUGAAGAGUUGGGUGGAGUCAUCAGCCAACAACAUAAUGGAGGUUAUAGAUGCCAAUCUCUUGACAGAAGAAGAUGAAAGUUUUGCCUUAAAACAAGCUUGUUUUUCUUCCAUCAUGACAUUAGCUCUUGAUUGUACAAUUGAGCCUCCUGAGAAGAGGAUUAACAUGAAAGAUGUGGUAGCUAGACUCAAGAAGAUCCUAAAUCAAAUUGUUGAUGUAAGAACUCCAUAAGAAGAAGAAGGCAUGGAGAUUGUGUCCUCUUAUUCCACCCUGAGCUUGUUUAAGAGUUCACAAAUUAAGAAUUGAGGGACUAUUGGGCAUGGCUGCCAAGUAUUGAAAGUUAGUUAUUAUAUGAACUCUAUGCAAGUUAU